ACCUCAGCUUUUUAGUGUUUAUUUUUCCUCAUAAAGGCCACUAGAUGGCGGUGCAGAGCCAUGUCUCCUCGUUGAAAAAUGCAGACUCAAGAUUUUCAUCGAUCGGAAGAUGAGACAUAAUAAAAGGAUUUCGAUUGUCAUUUUUCUGCUGUGAGUAUGUUUAAAGAAUAUGUUUCACAGGAAAGUAACCUACAUAGUGUUUUAUAAGUUAAUAUAAUCUUCCUUCCUUGGGAUCUUUUUGAAUUGAGCAUAUGGAUUAAAAAAAAUAGAUAUAUUAAUUGUAAAGAAUUUCUUGGGAAAUGUAGGUUUUCAAAGAAAGCCCGAAGUUAUUCUGCUUUUUAUUCUCCAAGCAGAAGAUUUGGGCGGUAAAAACAUGGCUGAACUUUUAGCUGGCAAAAAAAAAAAAAAAAAAAAAAAAAAAAGGUAAAAGAAAAUCAACUUGAAGUGGAAGAAUAAAAAGAGACAAUAUCGAGAGUUUGACUGCCCACCAACAAUGUACCAUGAAGUUAUAUGAAGAUAUGCAUCUUACAAUUAGUACAGCUGCUACAGCUUCCGACCCAGAUCUUAUCCUCCCACAGAAACGCGCACCCAGUCCUUAUUGGCGCUCCUGAAUCGUGCAGACCAGCGCAGCGAUCUGUCAAUCUCACAGAAGGAGAGCGGCAGAAUGGGAUGCUGAGUGACUGAAGACGAUGCUAUGGAUCAGUCUUUCAGACGCUCUCCUGUUCAGUUUAACAUGAUAUUUAAACUUAACCUGACCCUUAUCAAACGACUGAAUAAGGGAAUGUGAAGAAGCGGCCAAGGGUUGCACGGGGAAAGCCGACUGAUCGAUGCACCGCUCCUCAGCGCAGGUAGGGAUGGUGAGCCGCUGUCAGACCCAAGCCUUCCCGGACAUCACCGGCUUGACGCUCUCCGUGUUCGGCGGCAAGGCGGAGGAGAUGUGCGCGCGGAAAGGCUUUGGAUCGCAGGUCUACCGGAACUCCAGCGACCCCCACAGCAUGAGCUCCGCUUGCCCGAAGCGACUCAUCGCUCAGUCCGAGGAAAGAGCGCAUCUGACGGCCAAAAGUGCGCGCUUGUGCCUCUCUCUGCCGCCGCUCCAAGUUAAUGGGGCCUACUGCUCGGAGAAGGAUGCCAGCUCUGAGCUGAGCAGUGCCGAGGGCACCCUAAUGCGAUGUGGGCAGAGCCUGCCACUGCCAGCGGGGGGCCAUUCAGAAGGGCUCUACCCCCCGAGCCUCCACUGCAGCAGACCAGCAUCCGACCUCCUUCUGCAGGAUGGCCCGCACCACGAAAGCAGAAGCACCUCCGCCUUCCAGAGAGCCCCGCCUGGUGCCAACAUGGCUCGCUCCUCUGCCCCUUACCCGAUUAAGCAGGAGAACUCAAUCGGACACAAGACCGCCGGCGUUCAAGGCCCGUCUCAGGCUGCGUUCCAGGCCUGUAGGGCAGAUCAAGCUUUGGAGGCAUCGAGAGACGAUGUGGCUACGGCCCUGCAUGCUAGCACUAACGGUAACAGCGUAUGCACGGCGAGCUGUGCAGGUAGUGCAGUGUCAGGAGACGCGGUGCAACCUUUUAAUAAUGGAGAUGGCUCCUCCCCACUGGCUUUGUCCCCAACUGGCUCCCAUCAUUCAGCGCGUCUGCUCAGUGCUAGCGAUGUGAAGAGACGCUGCCUUUCCCUGGCCUCACAGUCCACUGUCGCUGCUGGCACCAGCAGCGUCGCCCCAACGGGUUCCCCAUCAGCCACUGGCACGACCUCCAAGGAGAUCAAUAUCACCGCAGCCGUCUGCUCCUCCUCCCAGAUGUCGAUGGUUGCCUGCGUCAACGGAUUCCGCGCUAACCUCUCCCCCAGCAACGCUAGCAGCGCCGGCUUGUCUACAUCGUCCUCCUCCUCUUCUUCUACAUCCCCACCCUCUAUCUGCUGCCAGCGGGAGGCAGCCCGGAGACCCCCACGUCACAGCAGCCCCCAGCAGUCGUCACUACAGGAGAGCUGUCAACUGUCUUCACCUGCCACCUGCCUCCUGUCCCUGUCUGCGUCCUCCUCCUCGUCCUCUUCUUCGGCGUCAUUAGUGGAGCCGGAGACAGGCCUAGGGCAGAGCCUGGGGCUUUGCGAGGAGCAGGUCCCCAUGCUGCGGGGGCUUGGGGCUGGAGGAACGGCCGAGGAAAGUGAAGAGAGAGGCUUGGAUGGAUUGGGACUACUGAUGAGUGGGGCCCUUAUGUCAGGGACAUUGAGCUCCAGUUCUGACGCUGGUUGCCUGUUGGAUGGAGGUCAAAGAUGUGGGGCAGCUCUCAAGCAGGAACCUCUUGAUGACUUCUCUCCAAGUGAAGACGAACUCUUCCAGCACCACUAUCACCACCAUCAUCACCUAAGUGGUCGCACUGGGCACCACCGUCACACCCCCCACCCAUCUCGAUCUGCCAUGCCUCCUCCCUAUCACCUGCACCAAUACCCGGGCCCCAGUCAUGGGGGGCCACUGCAGCACCAGAGUCAGCAGACAACACAAGCCUCCUCUCUGGCAUUAAAACAAACCUCGGGAGGCCCCCCCGCCACCCACACGGCCUCGGAGCAUGAAGAAGUCAGAGGAGGAGCGCAGACGGAUAGGCAGGUGUGUCGCUGGAUCGACUGCAGCGCCGCUUACGAGCAGCAGGAGGAGCUCGUCAGGCACAUUGAGAAAGUCCACAUUGACCAACGCAAAGGAGAGGACUUUACCUGUUUCUGGGCCGGCUGCAUUCGCCGCUACAAGCCCUUCAAUGCCCGUUACAAGCUGCUGAUUCACAUGAGGGUCCACUCGGGGGAGAAACCCAACAAGUGCAUGUUCGAGGGCUGUAACAAAGCGUUUUCCCGCCUGGAGAACCUGAAGAUACACCUGAGGAGCCACACGGGCGAGAAGCCGUACCUCUGCCAGCACCCUGGCUGCCAGAAGGCAUUCAGCAACUCCAGCGACCGAGCCAAGCACCAGCGCACUCACCUGGACACGGUCAGAAAACAUUCUUAAAUUCAUGUUUGACCUGCUGAAAAAUCACCUGGGUGGUCGGCUUCUUGACACGAACCCAAAAGUCGUGUGCAGUCGCCCAGAUACAGGCUCCUUUUGUCUGUCUGCGAAACUCGAGCUGAAAUUAGGUCAUAUUAAAAAGUCCCAAAAAAUUAUUUCUGGUGUAAAUAGCAAUAAAUAUUACCCCGAGUGUGUGUUUGCCGUAUGAUUAAACUUUAGUCAUUUUAUUUUACUACGUUCAAAAUCUACUGCCAAGCUUCUCUGCCUAUUUCUACAUUUUGACAGUGUAAUUUCUCAUAAAUCAGUGAGACUGUGGGACGUUUUUCACUCCCUACUUCAGUAGAGACAUGCUGCAGGUCCUUUAAUAAUCAUCACCAUUAGUGCAGGCUGCGGCUCCCACCGAAGAGAUUCAGGAUGCAAGCUAAAACAGAGGUCCGCUUGUUUCUUCAGAGCGUACAGUAUGGAAGUGGAACGGUUGAGUCAUUCAUCGCUGCCACCCAUUAGGUGGCUGCACCGCCACCAACUUAUAGCCCACUUGACCGGCAUUCUCAUGCCAACACAGCCGUGGAGUAAAUGAGCUGCUUUGCUUCCACUAUAUUUCUGGUGUAUUUGUUUUUCCUUCCUCUAAGAUGAAUGCCCCAUUAGUUUUCUCUAUAUUUUGCAAAAUAUUGCAGGUUUUUUCAAUCACCCUUUU